AUGUUCGAGGCCUACACCGACAUAUGGAUGGCAUACAACAUGGCCUUCAUCCACACGAUGGCGAGUCUUGUCGCAGACGAUGUGGCAACACGUGUGGCACGCCGAGACGUGACAAACUUCUUCAGCCCCCAAGACUGCGUCAACUUUCUUCGCUGCACACAGCCGCAGAUCAUGCUCAUGCUGGAUCUUCUUUUGAUCCCUGCUUUCAUCCGGACCGACUGUGGGUUUGUCGUGAGUGGGCGAGAGGCUCUUUGCGUGCUGCUGUAUCGCCUGGCGUUUCCAUGCCGUCUGAAAGACAUGCGCUUGGUUUUCGGGUUGAGCGAGUCGUGCAUCUGCCAAACAUUCAAUUGGAUGCUGCACUUCCUCGAGUUCAAAUGGGGCUGGCUGCUCUCUCUCGACGUGGAGCGACUGAAGCCGAGGUUGGUGGAGUUCGCCGAAGCCAUCUACAACGCGGAUUGCCCUCUCACACACUGCUGGGGCUUCAUCGAUGGAACCGUCCGCGGCAUUGCGAGGCCCGUACGCUUCCAACGGUGGUACUACAAUGGCCACAAGAGGAAGCAUGCCAUCAAGUUCCAAGGAGUGAUUACCCCUGACGGACUCUUCGUCGAUAUGUGGGGCCCUGUGCUUGGCACACGGCAUGACAGUUACUUGCUUGCGCAGUCUGGACUGAUGCAGAAGCUGGCAACACACUUUAACAGCCCUUCUGGCCACCCGUACUGCCUGUAUGGAGACCUGGCAUACGGUUGA